AUGAAAUUUCCAUCCUCCUUGCUCUCCCUAACUCGGUUCCUCCUCCUCCUCCCAUUCUUCUCGUCUGCGUGGUUAGACUUUUCAGUCGCCACCAACACCCAGCCGCAGCCGCAGUACCACGACUUACUCCACUGCCUCUGCUCCCAAGAAGACGCCAUCUGCAACCUCAUUUACACCGCCCAGAACUCCACCGCAUACGCCUCCGUCUUGCAGUUCUCCAUUCGAAACCCCAGAUUCAGCAACAACAACGCCUCCUCGUCGUCGUCAAGAACAAAACCCAUCGCCAUAGUCACUCCCACAACCAUCCCCCAGGUCCAAUCCACCGUCCUCUGCUCCCGCAAGCACGGCCUCCACCUCCGCGUCCGAAGCGGCGGCCACGACUUCGAAGGCGCGUCUUACGCCUCACUAUCCUCCCCUUUCGUCCUCCUCGACCUCGUCAAUCUACGCAGCGUGACCGUGGAUGUCCCCUCCAAGUCCGCCUGGGCCCAAUCCGGCGCCGUUCUGGCCGAAGUGUACCACAGCAUCGCCUCCGCGAGCAGGACGCUCGCCUUCCCCGCGGGGCUCUGCCCCACCGUCGGCCUCGGCGGCCACAUCAGCGGCGGAGGGUACGGCACCACGCUGAGGAAGUUCGGGAUGGCCGCGGAUAACAUCCGCGACGCCCUGCUGGUCGACGCGGACGGCAGGGUCCUGGACAGGGCUGCGAUGGGGGAGGACGUCUUCUGGGCGAUUCGCGGCGGCGGAGGCAACACCUACGGAAUCGUCGUCUCGUGGAAACUGAAAUUGGUACGAGUCCCGCUCCGACUGUCCGCGUUCACGGUCUCCAGAACUGCGUCGUCCGACGCGGAGAUGACGAAGCUCGUCGACCGGUACCAGCGCGUGACGGACAAGCUGCCGGACGAUCUCAUGAUCCUGGUGAUGAUCGGCGCCGUCGAUCAGGGUAAUUCCACCAAACAGGUACUACAAGCUGCAUUCCAGGUCAUGUAUUUGGGGGGAAAAGAAAGAUUGUUGAGGGUAAUGAAUGAGAGCUUCCCGGAGCUGGGAUUGAAGGAAGAAGAUUGCAAGGAGAUGAGCUGGAUCGAGUCGGUCCUUCACUUCGCCAAUUACCCGAGCAACUCCACCUACGACGUGCUGCUGAAGAGCAGGACGGACUCGCCCAUCUCGUUCGCAAAGCUGAAAGCGAAAUCGGACUACGUGGGCACCCCGCUCCCUGAAUCGGCGUUGCAGGGGAUCUGGAGCAGGGUUCAUCAAGUGGAGGCAGGGGCGGCUCUGCUCCAUCUCAUUCCUCACGGAGGGAUGAUGAGCCGAAUCUCGGAUUCCAGCACUCCCUACCCAUAUAGAGCCGGGACUGUGUACAAAAUCCAGUACUAUGUGGCAUGGUCGGGUGAACAGAAGGAGGUGGAAGAGAGGCAUUUGGGAUGGAUAAGGAAGCUGCACGAAUUCCUGACGCCGUUCGUUUCCAAGAACCCGAGAGGAGCGUACGCGAAUUCCAGGGAUCUGGACUUGGGGAUGAAUGAUCCGACGGGGGAGACGAGCUACGAGCAGGCCAGAGUUUGGGGGGAGCAGUAUUUCAAGCAUAAUUUUGAGAGGUUGGCUCGGGUGAAAGCCGCCAUUGACCCUUCCAAUUUCUUCAGGAACGAACAGAGCGUCCCUCCUUUGUCCAUGUGA